CGCGUUAGAUACUUGUGGUUGUGUUUACUGAGCAGUGACAUGGGUACCGAACAACGCGACAUCGAAGUUCUACGAAACAAUCAGUUGAUGCGACGUUCAGAAUUUUCCGAAAUGGUGCGCGCUCUCGACCAACACUUUGCAACCACCGAAGAUCUCAAACGCCUUCCUUUCGGACGAAAACGAAGUGCUCGAACAUUCUAUUGUCUUCUUCUCAAGAUGUUGUAUGAAACUGCUCUCACAAGAACACCUGAAAAACAAUUGGAAGAUAUCAAUCGAGUUUAUCUUUGGUUUCAUUCUAAUAAGAGUUACUGGAACACAACAACACGAUUCAAAGGUGCUAAAUCUGCAAAGUUGAAAUUACAUGUAAGACAGCAAAAAGUGUCAUCUUUACAAUGCAAUUCUUCUCCACUAAACUCUACCACAUCACAAGAGUUGCUGAGGGGAACAGAUUUUGCCACAAGCCCUUCUCAAAUGACGCAUCUUACAAGGCGACCCAAGAUUACCAGGGGCAGAUUACAGAGUCCAGAGACACUAAAUGAAACUCUUACUGUCCAGAGUGCUUUGCAAGGAUCUAGUCAUGCCUCAAGUACAAAGCCAAGAACACUACUAACACCUGAAGUUUUAGUGACUCUGAACAAGAUGCGCAGAGAUGAAGCAGCUUUGUUGUCUAGUAAUAGUGAUGAUGAUGAGGGUUUUACUUCUUUUUAUCUCAAACAUUUGAAAGAGCAAUCACUAGGUAAUGAGAGAACUCUGACAAGUGUAGAUGAAGACAAAGAGAUGAGUGUAGGCAGUAAUAACUACACUCAAAUGGCAGAUGCACACAAACAAACUGUUUAUGCACCAGCGACAACAGAGCAGUUGUGUUACAGCUGUGGUGACAUAUCUGGAAGUUUGGUUGAGCACACUUGUCAUGUCACAUCUAUAUCGUGUCCUUCUCAUCAAAUAAAGGAACAUUCACCUGUUGUGAGACAGAAGUUUCAAGAACUGAAAUUGCAAACUUUUCCUGACAAAUUGACAUUAGCAGAUAUAGAGUUCUCAAGAUUGCAAAAAAGAUACAAUGCUCGACAUAGUCUAAAAGCUGGUAUUGUCUACAAAAUGGCCAGUCAGAUUGGUGAACAGCUUCUGGAAAAGAGAAUGAAAUUAAGUGAAAAAUCAUUGACGCAUGUAGAGGGUACUCAAGUAUUUAUUGAUGAGAAAGAUAAACACCUGCAAGAUGGUACAGUACCUGUUCACGCUACAACUUUACAGAACCAACUCAAUCAAGUGGUAGAUGCUUCAACAUCAUUUGUUUCAGAAGCAGAAACUUCAGGAUUGGGUGAGUCGAUGGUUGAAGUAACUGAAUCAUUUCCUGGUGUAUUUCUGCCUGAUGAUGCCAUGGAUUCGGCUACGUUUUCUGCUGAGCAUAGUCCAUCUCCAGAAUGCAGCUCGCCUGUGUCAAUAUCCAUAACUUUAGUAGACGGUGAACCUAUAGUAGAAACUACUGUUGAGGAUGAGCAACAUCGUGUUCCACCUUCAACUCCCAAGGCUGGUUCUGUCUGCAGUGAAAUUGCAUCUAGUGAGACAGAGACGAAGAAACCAGAUGAAAAACCAACUACUGGUCAAAAGAAAGGACAAACAGCCAGAUCAAAUUGGCGAUCUAGGGAGACAGGAAGCUAUCGUUGGACUGCUGAUGGAGUUGGAGGUUCCACAUAUAUGAAGAGAAUAGUCAAAGCACAUACAGUUCCAGCACAGCAAUUGUCUCCUCGACUGCAUACAACACCUGUAAAGCCAACUACCAGAAUCAAACCUAGACCAGUUGAAAUGACAAAAACUAAGGCUGAGAUGUUGCAGUCAACUAUGAAAGUGAAACACGUCAAGCUAACAAAAAGAGAAAUGCAACAACGUUGUGGAAGCUCUCGGUCAUUGUCAUCUUGUACAGACAUGGACAGUGUGAAGGGAAAUGAUAAGAAUUAUUCCUUGUCAAAGACAAAAAUUCCUCACAUUGUUGUGGAUGGGGAUGAGAAAUCUUCUGAUGUUAUACAAAGGAUGCGACCUUCAUCAGCGGUUAGUAGUCGUCCCUCUUCAUCUAGAAGUCAACUAGAAUCAUCUCUAGUCAAAUCUUGUACAUCUCUAAAAAGUCUUCGAGCAGAAAAUGAGCGGUACCAGUGGGUGGGUCUUGAUGUGGAUCUACUAGAUACUGAUGGAAUUACACGGAGGCGGGAAGCAAAGGCUGCAGUAGACAUUCAGAGAAUCUUUCGAGAAUACCAAGUAGGGGAUAAACAGCGGAAGCAAAGAGACAAAGAAAGAAAAGAAAAGGCAGCUUCAGUUUUGCAAAGGAACUUUAGAGGCUUUCUAGCUCGGAAAAGGCAAAUUGAGACUAAUAUCGCUGUACGAGGCAAAAUUGUGGAUAAAGCGUGGACUGUAGAGCAUCAGAAAGGAAUAACACAAAAACAGGCUGAUCGGGAGAAAGGGUCCAAGAAGUUGAUGCAGCAGCAAGCAAGAAAUUACCACAAGCGCAUGAAAUCAAUAAAUUCUGUGAAACCCCACUGGGAUAUUUAUAAACUAUUUCAUCCAGACGUCGUGCCAAAGGAGAUAAAGUCUAAAGCAGCUGUUGCUAUUCAACGAGCUUGGAAGGGCUACAGGGAGCGGAAAGCAAAAAAGGCCUUUACAACUGCUAGUCUCCUCAGCGGCGCCUCCCCACGCUACGUUGUGCGUGAAUUUUACUCACGUGUUGAAAGACUGAGGCGCAUGCACAUGUGUGAGAAGUUCACGCUACCAAAUGCUACCUUCAUCGUGCUUCAGGACUACACUAAACGUAGAGCCACAUACGAGAAAGCAUUUAAAAGACUGGCUGCAAACGGAACGUUGGAGUUCUGCAUACUGAAGAAGUUCUUUAAAGAGUGUGAUCAUUUCCCCACAACUCGAGAGCUUAAUACUGCAGUGUUUGCUGUGACAGGCGCCACGUCUAUUGAAGAGGUGAAAUACUUGACUUGUGAGCAGGCUUUGGAUGCCAUUUUCUACCUGUACUUGCCGAGUGGGAGCAACUUCAAGUCAUCUCACGUGAGGAAGUCCACGUGGCUCAAUCCCAUUGUGGACGGCAAAGAAGCUCUUGCCAUGAAGGAGAAGAUAGCUAAACAAACUGACCUAAAGAGAUGUUUGGAGUUGGUUGCUGCGAUGAGGGCAAGAGUGAAAAGUGAGGGAUAGGUUAUUUGUAAGAGGUAUAGAAGGUGUAUACACAGAUUUGGAAUAGAGAACAGAUUUAUUACUUGUUGAUUAACUGAUUUACUAUUAGAGGUAACUGACCUGUUUUUAGUUUAUUGAAACUUUAUUUAUACAGAUCGGGCUGAAGUAGGUGUACACGAAAGACAUGUUUAUUAGGAAUGCAAGGAUUUCUGAAUAUUA